CUCAGACCCUUGCGGAUGAAGAAUGUUAUGGAACAGUUCAAUCCUGGGCUACGAAAUUUAAUAAACCUAGGAAAAAAUUAUGAAAAAGCUGUUAAUGCUAUGAUCAUGGCAGGAAAAGCCUACUACGAUGGAGUGGCCAAGAUCGGGGAGAUGGCCUCUGGGUCCCCUGUGUCAACUGAGCUGGGCCAUGUCCUCAUAGAGAUUUCAAGUACCCACAAGAAACUCAAUGAGACCCUUGAUGAAAAUUUCAGAAAAUUCCAUACGGAGAUCAUCCAUGAGCUGGAGAAGAAAACAGAACUUGAUGUAAAAUAUAUGCAUGCAACUCUUAAAAGAUACCAGGCAGAACACAGGAGCAAAUUAGAUUCUUUGGAGAAAUCUCAAGCCGAGUUGAAGAAGAUCAGAAGGAAAAGUCAAGGAGGACGAAAUGCACUAAAAUAUGAACACAAAGAAAUUGAGUAUGUGGAGACCGUUACUUCUCGCCAGAGUGAAAUCCAGAAAUUCAUUGCAGAUGGUUGCAAAGAAGCUCUGCUAGAAGAGAAAAGGCGCUUCUGCUUUCUCGUGGACAAACACUGUGGUUUUGCAAAUCACAUACACCGUUAUCACUUGCAGUCAGCAGAAUUACUUAAUUCCAAGCUGCCCAGGUGGCAGGAAACCUGUUGUGAUGCCACCAAAGUGCCAGAGAAAGUCAUAAGUAUGAUAGAAGAAAUAAGGACUCCAGUCUCUACUCCAGUAUCCGGGACACCUCAGCCAUCACCUAUGAUCGACAGAAACAAUGUGGUGGAGAAAGAUUACAACACUCUUUCUGAAUAUCCACCAAAGAUACUUCCAGCUUUGCCUUCAGCCAAAGAAUAUACCAGUCCUUUGAUUGAUAUGUUCAAUAACCCAGCAACAGUUACACAGAAUUCAGAAAAGAUAAAUAAUUCAAAAGACACUUUGGAAGAUGCCAAUUUGCAGCGAUCAGUUUCAGUUUCAACUGGACUGAACAUGAUGAAGAAGCAGAAAGUCAAAACCAUCUUCCCACACACCGCCGGCACCAACAAGACUUUACUCAGCUUUGCGCAGGGCGAUGUCAUCACGCUGCUCAUCCCGGAGGAGAAGGACGGCUGGCUGUACGGGGAGCACGAUACCACCAAAGCGAGGGGUUGGUUCCCGUCGUCGUAUACAAAGUUGCUGGAAGAAAAUGCGAAGGAACCAGUGACUAUACCCACACCAAGCCCUGCCCCAGUGAGAAGCAUCAGCACCGUGGACCUGUCUGAGAAGAGCAGUGUCGUCAUCCCCCCGCCUGACUACCUAGAGUGUCUGUCCACGGGCACUGCUGCCAACAAGCAAGCGGAUGUUGCCAAAAACACUUCUACCUUCAGAGCCUCGGCAUCCAGACCGGAAGUCAUAACUCCUAGUGAUGCAAAUGGGACCGCCAAGCCGCCUUUCCUCAGUGGGGAAAACCCCUUUGCUACUGUGAAACUGCGACCCACGGUGACAAAUGAUCGAUCAGCACCAAUCAUUUGAUGAAGAUGUUAAGGAUUCCGGUUCCUCUACUGUUCAGAUCUUGCCUGCAAAAUGAUAGAUAGCCAUUGUGUGACAAGUUCUGGGAUAGUAGGAAGCUUCACUAGAAGUUGCCUGAUUUUCAAUGUAUCCUACUUGAGCAAAUCAAUGAAUUUUUUCAGUUUAACAUAGUUGGGCUUACACACUUCUGUCUUUAAGAUAAAUAUUAGUUUAGUGGGCAGCUCAAUCAUUUAUUUUCUUCCUCUCUCUAAAAAUAGUAAAUUUGGUUCCAAUCCCUAAUGUAUAUUUUUAAUACCUAUGUUUUGUUUUUUUUUUUUUUUAAUUUGCAGCCAGAAUAAGUGAUAGACUGUGCUUUCAUGACUGGCUUUCUGCAUCUGAACACAAAUGAAACCAGUUAUAUUUUAUAAAGCAUGUGCUCUUAAGUAGCAUUAUGUUUAUCUAAAGAUUGUGUAAGUUUGCAUCUUAGCAUGCAAAUCAUAGUUUUAAGCAAUAUAAAUUAUUAAAAAAUUCAUUAAAUAUAAUUUUUUAACUUACAAGUUUUAAACUCUUGAUUAAACAUAGAGCUCCCUUGGGCCAGGAAUUUAGCUCAAUGGUGCCGACACCUGAGUUUGAUCCAGUACCCAAAAAAAAAAA